CCUGCAGUACCAGUGUUUGCUUGUUUAUUUGUUUGUUUCUCUUCCGGAUUAUUUAUUUAUUUAUACUUGUCAAUUAUACCAUCCCAUAUAAAAUAUCAAUCAAUUGCAACCCAUUGGGGCUUCAAUAUUAACGGCGUCAUACUGUUCAAGCUUCCCGAAUCGAGAGCGACAUUCAUGAUCUCUAAUCCAGAAGCAAAUCUCAUUCCAGCCCAGCCCAGCCCGAUUUCGAAUUCACCAUCAUACCUACCUCCUACCUUGAAUUGAUUUCAUAGACUUUGAACCUGUCGUUCGAACUUACUUACCUGCAUAUCAAUAUUUUGAAUUCGAAAGAUUGUGCUACACCUGCGAUCCAUUCUUCCUCCGUGCAUGAUACAUCUUAUUUAUUCAAUCUUCCAGGUUCCUGGUUGAAUCCCCCGCCAUGGACGACAUUCCUGCCUCGCCCACUGCCUCCGAAUCUUCUAAAUCGACGGGCAUAUUUUCGAAGACGCGAAGCGUGAGAAGGCAUAGAAAUUCGGCAUCACAUUCAGUGCGGAGUAGCGCCAGUGAGAUCUCGCACGGAAUCCGCGCCUCAUUAGAAGGGGCGAUAGAUAAGUUUAAAGGGAAUUCGGAUUCCGAGACGGAAAGCCAUCCAUCGAAUAACCUCAAAAAGUUUGUGUCGAAAGGACUCGAAUCGAAAAAGAAGCGGUUGCAACGAGAGGAGGCCGAACGUUGUUUGGCAGAAGAGGUCGCAAGAGGAAGAGAUGUUGCUGAAAGAGGAACUUUGGAAGAUAGGGCCAAGAAUCCCAUCAACCGAAAUCUCUCGGGUGGAAGUAGUUUGAUAACAUAUGAUUCGGAAUCUGAGUCGUAAGUAAUCUAUUUCUUCCCAUCGUUUGUUUAAUUUGAGUGCUCCAACGGUUGCUCUCCUUUUCUUUUCUAUUCUUUUCAUUUCUCUUAUUAUCUCAUCUCCCUUUCCCCUUCUCACCGACAUUAUCUUUCAAUCGCCGCGCGGGUAUUUCAUGGUUUGAGUCGUGGGAUUACCAUGAGACAUGGUUUAAAAAGCGAAAUGUUCGGAAGGACCCAUGAGAGGCAUCUCAGGCAUCACAAUCACAACAUCACAGGCUUCUCCCCAUCAACCUCGUCAAUCUUGCAUACGGUACAGUUAGUUGUACUCUAAAGCCACAACAUCAACAUCGCAUUGUCAUCGAGUUGCUUCAUUUGCACUUAGUACCUAUUUUCUCGUACAUCGCGUACAUCGCGUACAUCUCGCAACAUUCUGCCUAUUUUUAGCAUCCGUCUCUGCUUUGACAUGUGGAGAAUUGAUCUUGGCUUGGGGUGAAAUUAAGUUUCUAAUCCAAAUUGCUAUUUUGAUAGGGCCGGCGAAACACGUCCACCAUUGACGACGCAUCCUUCGCAUGCUGGAUAUCUUACUUCCUCCUCUCCACUCAUACACACAUCGACGCUUCGACGAAUCAGACCUUUGCCAACUCAAGCAGAAGGGGAACCCUUCCCAACCAAUUACACAGACAGUCUGGCUGCCUCAGACUCAGCGAUCAAGAGCCUCUCCCAAAACCUUCGAGCUCCCGUCGACGGAACUCAGAGACGAUCGUCUUCUCCAGUGGGUAGAUUAAAGGACGUAUUUAAACCCAGCCGUGGCUCAAGCACAAAUACAAGUCCAGACCGCAAAGCUGGAGGGGGAGGGGCUGUGCAAUCACUAAGUACCAAGGACGGUGGGGCUGAUUCCAGGCGGGGAAGUCUCAUAACUACUAAAGUUGGUUCAAUAUUUUCCGAUAAACAGUUUACCCCCGGCAAGUCCAGAUCUACAACCUCAUCUCCUGAGAGGCCACAAGUGUCACAAGUGGGAAAGAAGCUCAUCACCAUUGACACAAAUCUCCGACCGCAAACUCCACCCUCCGCGAACCAACCAGCACCUCUUAUUGUCAAUACGCCUCCAACACCGACUGAUACAAGGUCAUCGCAAUUUACUUCUGCCACUAGCCUCGAUUCGCCUAUUAGAUCCGCUUCGAAUGUUGUAGUUUCUCCUUCUGGAAAUAUGAUAUCACAUCGACGAAUUCGAUCAGGUUCUGCGUCAGGAGUACCUAGUAAAUUAUCUAAUAGUCAAUCUGUGCAAUUAACCCCAACACCAGAGAACGCAGCGGGUACAUCAGGUCAGGGUCAAUCAGGGUUUUUCUCUUCAGUCUUUUCUGCCGCUCAGAACGCUGCCAGCACGUUGAGCAGCAGUAUCACCAAUACAUCAGUCCCAGGAGGAACAAAAAGUAGGGGCGGUGCACAAACAAUACCAGGUGUACAGGAGAUUGAGAGCCCGGAAGUCGAAGCAUUAGGAGAGAAGAUAAAUUCAGACAAUCUUAUGGAAGAUAAAGAGCCAGCGGUUAAAACGUUGGGCAUGGGCGAUCUUAGCCUGAGCCAAUUUGGAAUUUCAGAAGAAGGAAAUACGCCAACAAUGCCGAAAUAUCCAGAAGAAGCCCGAGGAAGGUCUGACCCAGCUAAGGAUGACCAUUUCUUCGCGAAUCGUUCGGCCACAGCACCAAAUCUGUUGACGGGUGAAAAUCUGGAAGCUGUCUCUACACCUCAAAUCGAAGAUUUACAUUCUCUUGCUCGUCCACGUUCUGUAUACGCACCAAGCACUGCUGGAGAUCGGACUCCUCCAAAUGGAUCGGUGUUCGAAGGGAAAUCUGGUAUUCAUCGUAGCGGUAGUAUUCGAAGUGCCAUCAAACACAGAAAAAGGGGUAGUUCUGCAGCAACCGGUACAACAGUCGGAGCUGCAAUUGCUGCUGCUAAUUCCUCUAUCGGAAGCCCUGGCUCGGGUGCGCCUAAAAUUACCGGAUUUGCUGUAGCCAGCAAGAAGAGGAAUCGUGACUUUCACGCACUAUUCAGAAGUGUACCUGACGAUGAUUAUCUUAUCGAAGAUUAUAGUUGCGCUUUACAAAGAGAAAUUCUUGCCCACGGUCGAUUGUACGUAUCCGAAGGUCACCUGUGUUUUAGUAGCAAUAUCUUUGGUUGGGUCACAACGCUGGUCAUGAGCUUUGAUGAGAUCAUAUCAGUAGAAAAGAGAAGUACGGCACUACUUUUCAAGAACGGUUUGAUGAUCUCGACCUUGCACGCCAAAAAUAUUUUUGCUAGUUUCACAAGUCGUGAUUCAACGUACGAUCUCAUAGUUGGCAUAUGGAAGAUUGGCCACCCGAAUUUGCGAAGUUCACUAAAUGGCGUGACCCUUGAAGAGACUGGUGGUGGUGAUAAGACCGAAAAAUAUGAUGGCGUAGCUCCUCCUUCUCGUCCUGGCAGUAUCUCACAAUCCUCAGAUGAUAGCUUAGGGAGCGGGGAAAUAUAUGAUGAAGAUGAAGAUGAUGAAGAUGGCAUGAGUUUCACCCAAGCCGAUGGUAGCGUUGUGGGUAGCGAGUUGGGUGACAAGGUUGUUAGUCGAAAGGCAUCAGCUGCGAUUAUGGCAAAUGGAGCUCAGAGCGAAGGAGGUAAACAGGCUGGUCCAUCAGCUGCGGCCGACUUUCCUGGCCCAGCUACGCAUGCACCUACCAACUGCUCUGACGGCGACACACAUUACGCGAAAGUUCUUGCGGACGAAAUCAUCCCAGCGCCUCUCGGGAAAGUCUAUAGUCUUAUGUUUGGACCUGCAUCAAUCACUUGGAUGCGGGAUUGGCUCACCAAUGAACAAAAAUGUCUCGACUUGAAUUACGAAGAGAACGCCAAAAUACCUUUGUCCUUAGAUAAUAAGGUUCGAAAUUAUUCAUACAUCAAGCCACUCAAUGGUGCUAUUGGUCCUAAGCAAACCAAAUGUGUUUCUACAGAAACUCUGGAUGCUAUGGAUCUUGAGAAGGCACUUUCUGUGACGAUAUCGACGGCAACCCCUGAUGUACCUAGUGGUAAUGUUUUCACUGUCAAGACUAGGUAUUGUCUUUCAUGGUCAGAAGGUAAUGGAACUCGAAUGCAAGUCAACUGCGCAAUUGAGUGGACGGGCAAGAGUUGGCUGAAAAGUAAGUCCCCUUGACAUUUCCAAGUUCACAUAGCUAGCAUACUAACCCUGAAACAGCUCCAAUCGAAAAAGGUGCCAGUGAAGGUCAAGUGCAAUAUACGAAGGACGUCAUUGCGGCGCUUAAAGCAGCUGUCGGUACCCGUCGUUCUGGAGCACAGGGCCCUAUUGGUAAAGGCAAAAGGAAAGGUCGCAAAGGAUCAAAAGCAAAUAAUCUUAGCAAAGUUACCGAUGGUGCUUCUGAAGCUAAACCCGACGCAACCAAUUGGGGCCUGUUUGAACCGUUUCGUGGUGUAUUUGAGCCAAUUGUCGAUAUUCUGGAACCAUUAAUGACGGGCAAUAUACUGUACGGGCUUCUAGUCGGACUUCUAGUGGCAAGUUGGUUCCGCUUCGGGUUUCCUAUUGGAGGUGGUGGGAAUAGAGAUUUGAGUUUGAACUAUUUAAGUACUCCAGAAAGGAUCGCAGCGUAUGAAGAGAUUUGGAGGAAAGAAGAAAGUGAACUUUGGUUGUGGCUAGAGGAGAGGGCAGGAAUGGAUAGAUUAAGAGAUGUGGGUAGGAUGCCGAUCGAGAGAUUAGAUGUGGAAGAUAGAUUGAAGAGUGAGGGCAUGGAGGAAAGGGAGGUAGAAGAAGCGAUCAGAAUUACGGAGGAAAAGUUGAUGGUUUUGAAGGAUGUCGUAGGCAAGAAAAGGGAUAAGGCGAAAAAGUCACAAACACAGGAGCAAGCGAGUUCUUCAAGUGUAGUUUAGCGUUUUUUGUUUUCUGAUGAGAUGGAUACCUUUGAAAGGAUGGAUUGGCGGAUACAUAUGGGGUUGAAAGAUGUCAAAGACAUACAGCGAGCGGGAAAUAUAUGGCAUAUGGCAUAAGGUAUAUGAUGAUGCCAUGCAGCAUGGUAUGGAGCAAACAUCAUAUUACUACAGCGUAAAAGCUCUACUCAGCACAAUACCACACACAGAUAUCACUGUUGUUGUUGGUUUUUUUAUUUUCUUUUGUCUUAUCUCUCGUUUUCAUUUUUGCUUUCAUUUGUUUUUGAUACAGGUACUGAUGUUGAUAUUGACAUUGACAUUGAUAUUUGCAAUUGAUAUUGUUUCAUAUGUCUAUUUGCAUUUGGCUGGAUGCGGAUUAUUCAAUAUUCAAUAUUCAAUAUCCAAUAUCCAAUGUUCAAUGUUCAAUAAGUGGACUUGGAUGGCGUUUUGGGGCAUUGGGAAUGGAAAUGGGAUUAGGAUGGGAUUGGGGAUGGGGAUUGGUGUUUUUUUAUAGAAGGAAGGAAGGUAUUGUGUCUUGUGUUUUGAGUUUGAACUGGCAUAUC